UAGAGGAGGCAGAGUUACUGAAUCAUAGCUUCAAACGAAAGAUUCUUAGGGUUACCAAUGCCAGUGAGACUUUUAUGUGCAUCGGUAUAUGACAGCCACAGCAAUUAAGCAAAUACACUUGCAGUUCUUUAUGCUACAGCAGAAAUUUUAACAUUCACAAUAUAAUGCAGAGAUUAUUGGUUCUGUUACUGGUUCAGCUUUUAUACGCUGGGAAGUGUACCUCAACUCCAGCUCCUCACCAUGAAGAAAAGCACAAAGGUAAUUCACAUGGCCAUUGGAGUUAUGAAGGUAAGGAAGCCUGGAGCAAAGACUACAAACUGUGUGAGGGACAUGCACAGUCUCCUAUCAAUAUUGUCGUAAGAAAAACUUUGCUGAAGACAAGCCUAGUGCCAAUCACCGUUGAAGGUUACAAUUUACCAGAAGCAGAUUUACUCACCUUGUCCAACAAUGGACAUACAGUCCAACUUUCGCUCCCGGAUACAAUGAGCAUAACCAGCGGUCUGUCACAGACAUACAGAGCAGCUCAGCUACACCUUCACUGGGGGUGUGGAGAUACCCUGGGAUCAGAGCACACAGUGGACAGCACCCGCUAUCCUGCCGAGAUCCACUUUGUCCAUUUCGCUGCUAAAUACGGAAGUCUGCAAGAGGCAAUGCACAAGGAUGAUGGGCUAGCUGUUCUGGGGGCAUUUUUUGAGGUUGGACCACAGGAGAACGAACAUUACAAUCACAUUUUUAAAAAGCUUGAAGAUAUUACAGAGGAAGGUAGCAAAGUAUCCAUCCCUGGCUUUGAUAUCAAGAACUUGUUGCCCCGUCAAUUGGGCCACUAUUUCCGAUACAGCGGGUCACUGACCACUCCUCCCUGCGAUCAGACUGUUAACUGGACUAUAUUCAAAGACACAAUCCAAAUUUCCCAAUUGCAGUUGCACAGGCUGAAGAGCUCUUUAAGGACCAGCGACAAUCAGAUAUUGUCCUGUAACUACAGAGACGUUCAGCCCCUUAACAGAAGGCCUGUGUUUGUUUCCUUCCCAGAGGGGUUGUUACACAGAGAAGUUCCCGAGGGCGGCUCCACCAAAUCAGAUGGAGACAGUGUUAGAACAGAAGGGAACCAGUUUAGGUUAGGUGAUUUGCUGGCCAUUAUAUUUGGGAUCCUAUUUGGAUGUACUGCAUUGGCCUUUGUACUGUAUGUGAUUAAACAGAAAAAAAGACAGAGGUUGAACACAGAAAGAGGACCGAAGGUGAUCUACAAACCCACCGCUACCGCAGAGGCAUGAGACCCCACACACAGUUGGUUCAUAGGUUUGAAAGCUGGAAUGAAUGUGGGUAUUUGGGCAAAAGGUAUUAAUUUCUACAACAAUGAAUUCCCUGUUCAAUAUCUGAGGGCAUUGAUAAUUCAGAAGUCUGGCCCCACACAAUUUGAAGCUGCCUUUCAAUAAAGACUGUUCUUGGCAGCACCAAGUUCAGCAUUGUUUCAUGUUUUGUCUCAGAUCAUGAUUUGCAAUAUCUGAGGAGGAUAACCAUAAACAAUAGUAAUUUCCCCUGAAACUAUUGAUUUUAAUGCACUAGAGACUGAUGUUAAAAAAUGUAAAUUGUUUGAUCACUGCUAAUUAACUUUGAAUGAAUCAGUAAAUAUGUAUGCGCUUUAAUUGCAUUUCCCAGCAUGCGGUGAAAAUUACAACCUACGCAUGUGUUAGCACUAGCUGAUUAGAAAUUGGCCAACACAGGCAGUAACUACAGGCACCAACUGGUGCGAGGAUAUGAGUGGACCUCCCACACUUCCUCCCCCUGAACUCCAUCACAAGGAUUGAAGGCUCACAGAUUGUAAGAGUGGACUUUCAGUUGUCAGGAUCCAAAAUCACACGAUUGGUUCAGAUGAAAAUGGUCCAUUGGCCAAUUUGAUCUUUCUUCUAGAAUCCACCCCUAACAUCUUCCCAGCACCGAGCUUUUGUUUAACCUGUCGUUAAUUACCCUCUGGGUAAUGAAAUACUUCCUGGUAUCUGUCCUGAAAUUGCCAAUUGCAACCCUAAACCUAUAUCAUUUUGUUCUACUACCUUGGUACAUCAAAAAGAAAAUCAGGAGUAAAGCCAGUAUCCUGCUACCCAAUGCUGCAAUCUAUGGCUAGAAAGUCCAAUGCAGCUUUAUAAUAAUAAUAACAAUAAUAAUAAUCCUUGCAUUUGAUAUAGU